UGAAGUGUCACCCACCCGGCCAGCCGGCCUCGUUGUAGAGCUGGGCAGUUUUUCUCCCUCCCAAACCUCGACCGAGAUCAGUCUGCCGGCCACCUCAUGGAGGAGGAAGCAACAUCCCAGCGCCGCGCGCAGCAGCCAGCAUGCAAGAAUGACAGCACCAAGCAGCUCCCUAGCAGCGCCGGCGCUAAACCGCUCCGCCACAACCCCCUCCUCGUCGUCAACUUCAUCCUCAUGGCCGUCGGUUCGGCGUGCGGCCCGCUCCUCCUCCGCGCCUACUUCCUCCACGGCGGGACCCGCAAGUGGCUCUCCAGCCUGCUCACGACUGCCGGUUGGCCGCUCCUGCUCGCGCCGCUCAGCGUCUCCAUUCUCUCCCGCCGCCGGCACAACAGAUACGGCGACACGGCCACGCGGCUCUUCCUCAUGUCGCCCCGCCUCCUGGUAGCGACCGUCGCCGUCGGCCUCAUGACCGGCCUCGACGACUUCCUCUACGCCUACGGGCUGGCAUACCUCCCGGUGUCCACCUCCUCCAUCCUCGUCUCCACGCAGCUGGCCUUCACGGCCGCCUUCGCGCUGCUGCUCGUGCGCCAGCGGUUCACGGCCUUCUCCGUGAUCGCCGUUGUGCUGAUCAGCGUCGGCGCCGCCAUGCUGGGGAUGAACGCCGGAGGGGGCCGCCCCGCGGGGGUGACCCGGGUGCAGUACUACGCCGGGUUCGGCAUGACGCUGGGCGCCGCAGCGCUGUACGGCCUCGUGCUGCCCGUCGUGGAGCUCAGCCAGGCGAGGCACGCAGCUCGCGCAGGUGCGGCCGUCACGUACACUCUUGUCAUGGAGAUGCAGAUCGUGAUCGGCUUCACCGCCACGGCCUUCAGCGCCGUCGGGAUGCUUGUGAACAACGAUUUCCAAUGAAGGGGGUGUCCAAUAUUUGCCAUACUAGGUACCUUAUUCUCAAGAUGAGUGUUUAUUCACUUGUCAUUGCACGAGAGUGUGGCAGGUAAUAGGGAUGUCCAGUACCGAAAUGAAAAAAAUUAUAUAUUAUGUUCAUAAUAAAUUCCUUGGAAAGUGUUGGUAUGGAAGGCACCCGUGGAUAUGGCUAGCCAUGGAUUGUGUAAGAAUGGUGGAAAGGAAAUAAACUUUGUUUUCUAUUUGGGGACCGCCUAUGAUUUAUCUAGUAUGGAAGAUAUUGGAAAUUCUCAGUCGUUUUCGUUGAUAGGAAAAGCAUGCCUCUCAAAAUAAUUUUAUCUCUCAAUUUAAGCUAUGAGCUCUGGCACCUCUACAAAUCUCUGCUUCCCUCUGUGAAGGACUUUUCUAUUUAAUUUUAUGCAAUUUUUAUUUUUAUUUUGGGUCUCCAUCUCCUCACAGAAAGCACCAAAUUAGGGAACACUAUUGUCAUACUUGUGCAUUGGAUGUAGCUCAUAUUUGAGUGUGUUUCAUGAAUGGAUCAGUGAUUGAGCAUAAUGGGCUAGGGAUAACUUACUUUAACGUUGAUAUUUUGAAAGACUUGGUUGCUUGUUGAUACGUUUGAGUAUUGAUGUCUUCAUGUCAAAUUAUAGAUUAUUGCUUUGAGUCAUGUGAUGAACAUGUUAGGUAGCAUUCCACAUCAAAAUUUCUGUUUUUGUCAUUUACCUAAUCGAGGAUGAGCCAGAAUUAAGCUUGGGGAUGCUUGAUACGUCUCCAACGUAUCUAUAAUUUUUUAUUGUUCCAUGCGAUUAAAGUAUCAAUCUUGGAUGUUUUAUAUACAUCUACAAGCAACUUUAUAUCAUUUUUUGGGAAUAACCUAUUAACUUACUGCCCUAUGCCAUUUGCUGUUUUUUGAUUGUUUUUGGUUUCGCAGAAUAUUAGUACCAAACGAAGUCCAAAUGCCAUGAAACUUUUUGGAAAUUUUUCUCCGGACACAAGGGACACUAGAAGCUUCGGGAGAAGACCAGACGUGGGAGCAUGGGCCCACCACCCACCAGAGCACACCAAGGGGGGGGGGGGCAGGCGCACCCUCAUGGGUGCUGGGGCCCACAGAGGUUCGUUUGACCUAACUCUGCCUCUAUAAAUACCCAAAAAUCAGUAUACCGACAGGGGAGUCUACUAAAUACUUUUUCCGCUGCCACAAGCCUCUGUUCUUGAAAGAUCCCAUCUAGGGACCUUUUCUGGCACUCUGUCGGAGGGGGAAUCGAUCAUGGAGGGGUUCUUCAUCAACCUAGUUGCCCCUCCAAUGAUGCGUGAGUAGUUUACGAGACCCACGGAUCCAUAAUUAGUAGGUAGAUGGCUUCUUCUCUCUCGAUGUUUCUCAAUACAAUCUCCUCCUUGCUGUUCUUGGACAUCUAUUUGAUGUAAUGACUUUUUGUGGCAUGUUUGUUGAGGUCCGAUGAAUUUUGAGUUUA